AUGCGACUAUCUAGAUGUCAUACAAUAAUGAACUGUAGUAAGACAUGUCCUAAAUCCUUAAAUCCGGGUAAAGCUAUUGCUUCGAUCAAAUAUAGAAUCAUAGAUAAUUAA